AUGGCCGCUCAAGGCCUGGAUCAGACAAUCCUGCGGGAUCCAGCUCUCUUUUACUGGAUCCUGGUACCCAUUUCAGUGGUCAUGAUACUCACCGACCCCGAGAACCGCGGCGUUGGUGCACCAAACCCAAUGACGGACCCCGCUGGAAUGGACGCAAUGAUGGGGAUGAUGAAAGGGAAUAUGGCUAUGAUGAUCCCACAGACUCUUAUUAUGUCGUGGAUCAAUGCCUUCUUUUCUGGAUUCGUUAUAUUGAAACUCCCAUUCCCCUUGACCAUCCGAUUCAAAUCCAUGCUACAGUCUGGUGUCAUGACCCGUGACCUUGAUGUCAGAUGGGUCUCCAGUUUGUCUUGGUACUUCUUGAACUUGUUCGGCCUCCAGUCUGUUUUUGGGUUUAUCCUGGGUAGUGACAACUCCGCCGGUCAAGUGAUGCAGCAGGUAGGCGUCACGAACCCUGCUGUGAAUCCAUUCCAACCCGGCCAGGAUCCAGAGAAAAUCUUCCAAGGAGAGGCUGAGAAUAUCGAGGUGAUGGAACACUAUUGCAUCCUGGAUGGGAUUGAAGAGCGGCUAUUACAGAAGGCGUCGUAA